AUGAACCUCGUGGGCAGCUACGCACAUCAUCACCACCAUCACCACCAUCACCAUCCGCACCCCGCGCACCCCAUGCUCCACGAGCCCUUCCUCUUCGGCCCUGCCUCGCGCUGUCACCAGGAGCGGCCCUACUUCCAGAGUUGGCUGCUGAGCCCCGCUGACGCCGCCCCGGACUUCCCCGCCGGCGGGCCACCGCCCGCAGCCGCGGCAGCCGCCGCCUCCUACGGUCCAGACGCCAGGCCCGGCCAGAGCCCCGGGCGGCUAGAGGCGCUCGGCGGCCGCCUGGGCCGGCGGAAAGGCUCAGGACCCAAGAAGGAGCGGAGACGCACAGAGAGCAUUAACAGCGCGUUCGCGGAGCUGCGCGAGUGUAUCCCCAACGUGCCGGCGGACACCAAGCUCUCCAAGAUCAAAACUCUGCGCCUGGCCACCAGCUACAUCGCCUACCUGAUGGACGUGUUGGCCAAGGACGCACAGGCCGGCGAUCCCGAGGCCUUCAAGGCCGAACUGAAGAAGGCGGAUGGCGGCCGCGAGAGCAAGCGGAAAAGAGAGCUGCAGCAGCACGAAGGCUUUCCUCCUGCCCCGGGCCCAGGCGAGAAGAGGAUUAAAGGGCGCACAGGCUGGCCGCAGCAAGUCUGGGCGCUGGAGUUAAACCCGUGA